CUUCGGUUGUAUCGCCUCAGUCAUUUCUCAUUGGUAAGGAAUGCUUGUCUUUCGAAAGAACGGAAGUGAGCCGACCAUUUUGAGAGCCUGCACCGCUUAGAGCGAUGGAGAAGAGCCACACGGUGAAGCUCUUUGUGGGCAACCUGCCGCUGGACACCAGCCAGGAGGAGCUGUCGGCCAUCUUCGAGUCGUACGGCCAGGUGGUCAGCUGCAGCGUGCUGCGGCAGUUUGCCUUCGUGCACCUGGCCGGCCAGGGCGCGGCCGAGCGCGCCAUCCGGGAGCUCAAUGGCCGUGAGUUCCGCGGGCGCAAUCUGGUGGUGGAGGAGUCGCGCGGGCGCCCACUCCACUCAACUAAGGUGUUUGUGGGCAACCUGAGUGGCAUGUGCACCACCGAAGACCUCCAGGAGCUCUUUCAGACCUUUGGCAAAGUGCUGGAGUGCGACAAGGUCAAAGGCUACGCCUUCGUCCACAUGGAGAACAAGGAGGACGCGCUGAAGGCCAUCGAGGCGCUCCACGGCACCUCCUUCAAGGGACGUCCGCUCUCCGUGGAGCUCUCCAAAGUGCAGCCCAACAAGCAAGCGCCAACGGGCAAGAUCCCCUGCGUGAGCUGCGGCAAGCAGGGCCACUACGCCGGCGAGUGCCCGGCGGGCAAGGCCUCGUCGCUGGAGCAGUACCAGAGCCAGGCGGCCGUGCUGGCGGCGGCGGCGGCCGCGGCGGCAGGCUUGCCGCUGCAGGUGCAGCAGAGCGUGCACAACUCGGUGUACAACACGUCGACGUUCGACCCGACCUACGCGGCGCUGACGGGACUGACGGCGGGCACGGGCGCCCGGUCGGAGGGGAGCGCGCUGGCCCCGGCGGUCUACGGCGCGCUGGCCAGCCAGGUCUACGGCAGCGUGGCCAACCCGCUCUACGGGUCAGUGGCGGCCAACCAGGUGGCGGCCGCCGGCGCUGCACAGAUGUACGGCUCGAUGAGCCCCGCCCUGGCGUACGGCCAGAUGACCAGCCAAGCGGCGCUGGCCUCUGCGGCCGCCGCCGCUGGCUAUGGCCACCAAGUCUACGCCCCGGCCAUGGCCAACCAGGUGUUUCUGGCCGCCCCGGGCAUGGAGCUGCAAACCGCCCAGCAGGUCAACCAGGCGUACACCAUGGCGCCGACGCUCUACACCACCACGCCGGCGGGCUACGCAGCCCUGGGCGCCGCUGACCACAACGCGCUCCUGGAGGCCGCGCGGGCGCACUACCUGGCACAGGGCCAGCAGGUGCUCGCCGAGCAGCACGCUGCCGCCGCCGCCGGCGCCAAGGCCGAGAGGGACCGCAGCCCACUCCGGCGGUCGGCGCCACUGCUGCCGGACCCCGUCAUGAAGCCCUUCAUGUACCAGCGGGCCAAACGCCGCGCACUGCUGCCCACGCCGGCCGGACGUGAGGAGGCCGCACAGGAGGAGGACGCGAUGGCCAGGUACUACAGCGAGUACUACCAGCAGCUGCAGCAGUACCCCCAGUACCAGUAUGCCUACCCGCCCCCGGGGGCCCUGGCCAUGCAAGGCCUGACCACGCUGCCUGCCCCAAGCUGCCAGCCAUGCACGGCAGCCCUGUCUGCUGCCGGCGCGCUGUGCUGCCGCCGCCUGACGGCUGCCUCCAUGGCCACCACGCUGGACGCCCUCAGGCCAGUGCCGCUGCCCCCUCCUCCUCCCGCCCCCCCUGCCCCUGUCUCUGCUCCCCCCCCUCCUGUUGUCGCCUCUGCCGCCGCCGUCGCCAUGGCCACACCCCACCACCAGCUCCACCACCACCACCACCGCCUGUACGAGCCACCGCCGCCGUCGCUGCCGCCUCCUGCGCCCCAGGCGCGCAAGGACGCCCUCCUGCGCCCGCUGCACACGCCCGAUGCCCCCUACCGAUAGCUCCCGUGUUUUGACCUUUGACCUCUUGAUCUGAAACCGCCCCCUCCCCUCCCCUCCCCCUCCCCCCAAAAAAACCUCCCCACCAACCCCACGCCCAUUCAUCCCCCCUAGAACCCGCAAACUGGCUGUGUGAGUGAAUGAAGGAAUGUGUGUAUGUAGUAAUGGGUCUAUACCUGUUUAUAUGUGUGUAUGUAUGUAUGUAUGUGUGGGGGCCUGUUAUGUAUGGUAAUGUUAUGAAUGUUGAUUUCAGUGUGUGUGUGUAUGGUUUUGGGGCGUUAAAAAGGUUGGCUCCCUCUGUUCUCUCAUAAACUGGACUCCUGACCUUGGUUCUGGUACCACGUGCACAUGGGAGACACUCAGCCCUCUCCUCCUCUUUUUCUCUUUCUUUGUUUUUAGACUUUUUCAACUUGCGUGUUUUUUUUUUUUUUUUU